AUUCAGCUUUCCAGUGAAAGCUUUCAGCAAAUACCCUGCAUUUUGGAAUCUCUCCUGCCCAGGCAACCUCUGCAUGCCUUAUCCUUCACUCAUUUAGCUUGGGGAAGACAAGAGCCCUGUUAAAAAUAUUUGCCUGAGAAUGCAGAAAAAACAGCACCUAUAAUAAUUAUUUCAUGUCAAAAUUUGAAUUUUCAUGCUUGGACGGCUCUGAAAGAAAAAAGUCCAAUUCACAAUGGAAAAAAGUCCAGGGUUUUUAUUAUUUUUUGCUUUUUUGGUUGCAAUGAAACUAUGCUUGACAUCACGAGUCCAAGAUGAGGUGAAGAAGCAAUGUGAUCAAAAGCUGCUCAUUAGAAUGAAAACCAAAUGUGUACCUUGCUCUUUAAACCUUGACACCCAGUGCCCUGCUGGCUACACCAAAAUUACCAACGGGACUGGGACACCAGACUGCAGGUAUUACCUGGAAACUAAAACACACACACUUUCUUUUCUGGGCUGUCGGCACCGUUGUGUGAAGGAAUUUGAGCAACCUGAGUGCUGCCAGGGACACUGGGGCCCAGACUGCAUGGCGUGCCCAGGAGGAGCUGCAUCACCAUGCAAUGGGAGAGGACGCUGCUCACAGGGCAUAGCUGGGAAUGGAACGUGCACUUGUCAGAAAGGAUUUGGUGGGACAGCCUGUGAAAAAUGUGCUGAAGACAAUUUAUUUGGUCCUGACUGCACAUCAGUUUGUGGCUGCGUUCAUGGAGUGUGCAACAGUGGAAUUGCAGGGGAUGGAAGCUGUACUUGCUUGUCUGGAUACAAAGGGCUCCGCUGUGACCAGCCCAUAGCCGAGUGCGAGGCGCUGCGGUGCCCGGCACACGCCAGGUGUGCUGCCUCAGGGGAGGAUGGAAGACAGCUGCAAUGCACGUGUCUGCCCGGCUUCCAUGGGGACAGUACACGAUGUGAACCUAUCAACCCGUGCUCCAAAAAGGUCUGCGAUCCUAAUGCCGACUGCGUUUACCUUGGGCCAAACCAGCACAAAUGCACCUGUGGAGAAGGUUACACAGGGGAUGGUCAAAUCUGCCUGCCCAUAGACCCUUGUCAGGCAGCACACGGGAGCUGCCCUGCACAGUCCAGCAUCUGCAUCUACGAUGGUCCAGGAAAGUCCCACUGCGAAUGCAAGGAGCAUUAUACCAACUUUGUACCUGGGAAAGGCUGCAGCAUGAUGGACAGCUGUGAAACAAGCAACCCCUGCCACAAAAAAGCCAAAUGCUUAACAGUUGCACCAGGACAGAUUACGUGCACGUGCCAGGGGGGCUCCGUGGGGAAUGGGUUUGUGUGCUAUGGGAACAUCAUGGAGCGCCUCCAGGAGCUGAACGCAGAAGUGGGAGGACAGUGGCAGGGCAAGCUGACAUCCAGCCUCUUGCUCAUGGAAAAUACCUAUGAAUGGCAGCUGAGCACUCUGGGACCAUUUACUGUGCUUGUACCAACAAACAAGGGACUCAAAGGCACAAAUGUAAAGGAUCUUCUGAAAAAUAAACAGAAAGCCCAGUACUUCAUUAAACUCCAUAUUAUUGCAGGUCAACUGAACACCAGUAGCUUGAAUAAUGCUAAUGUAAUAUAUACUUUGACUGGCAAGUCAGGAGAGAUGUCAAAGGGGGAAAAGGAUAAUCAAUUAAGGAUUAGAAUCCAAGGAGGAAGGGGGAAAGGAAAAAUUUUGCAGGGAGAUAUUAUUGCUUCCAAUGGAAUUUUGCACAUUAUUGACAAAGCCAUGGACAACGUGGAGCCAACAUUUGAGAGCAGCAAAGAGAAAACGAUAAUGUCAUUACUUCAAGCUAAUGGAAGAUACAGCCAAUUUACAUCUUUGAUAGAGAAAACUGGCCUAGGAAUGGAUUUACAGCAGGACAACCAGGCUUACACAGUCUUUGUUCCAAGUAACAAGGCUCUGAGUAAUAUGAAAGCUGAGGUUCUGGAUUACCUGCUUUCUGCAGAGGGUUCCUGGAAGCUGCUGGAGCUGGUCCGAUAUCACGUUGUCUCCAACACUGAGCUGGAGGUUGCCAGCCUUGUCUCAAUAGAGCACAUCAGGACCAUGGCAAAGCAGUUCAUUCACUUCAACAGAACCAGCACUGGACAAGUCUUGGUGAGUGGAGAAAAACUGGAAGAAACUGAUAUUGUUGCAAAAAAUGGUCGUAUUUAUAUCCUUGAGGGCGUUCUCAUCCCUCCCACAAUUGUUCCAAUCCUACCACAUUGGUGUGAGGAGACAAGUCAGGUCACAAAGGAACCAAAGUGUUGCAAAGGCUUCUUUGGCCCUAACUGCAGACCAUGUCCAGGAGGUUUCUCCAAACCCUGCUCAGGGAAUGGGCAGUGUAUGGAUGGCCUGGAUGGAAAUGGCACUUGUGUUUGCUCUGAGGCAUUUCAAGGCUUGAGCUGCCAGUUCUGCUCAGACCCUGGCAAAUAUGGACCUCAGUGUGACAAAGAGUGCCCCUGCAUUAAUGGGAAGUGUGAUAACCAAAUAGACAGCGAUGGGACCUGUCUGCCUGGAUCCUGCAGAGCUGGAUACACGGGGAAACUCUGUGAGAAGCAGAUUGUUCCCUGUGAGCCCUCCCUACAGCUCUGCCAUGCACAUGCAGACUGUCAGCUCAGCGAUGGCACGGUGAGCUGUGUCUGCAAACCUGGCUAUGAGGGAGAUGGCUUGAGCUGCAGCAAAGUUGAUCCUUGUGCUGUUUUAAACCCUGGUGGCUGCAAUGCCAAUGCUGAGUGUGUUCAGACAGGCCCAGAGGAGCACAGGUGUGUUUGCCAGGCAGGAUGGACAGGUGAUGGAAGGGACUGCUCAGCUAUCAACACCUGCCUGCUGCCCAGCACAGCACGGUGCCACGAGAAUGCCACCUGCAUAUACAUCGGGCCAGGUCAGAAUGACUGUAAGUGUAAGGAUGGAUUUCAGGGGAAUGGAAUUGAAUGCACACCCAUAAACUCGUGCCUGGAACAAAGUGGAAAAUGCCAUCAUCUGGCAACCUGUCAGUUUGAGUCUGCUCGUGGCUGGGAGUGCGUGUGCCCACAGGGCUACGAGGGGGACGGCAGGAUCUGCUACGGAAACGCUGCAGAUGAGCUAUCCACUCUGUCAGAAGCAGCUGCUUUUAACCAGUGGGUUAAUGAGGCCAAGAUAAACUCAGUGUUGUCUACCACCUCAAACCUAACUGUCCUUGUGCCUUCUCUGCAAGCAAUUGAGAACAUGGAUGAAGAUGAGAAAGCCUUUUGGAUGUCAAAAAGUAACAUUCCAACUCUCCUUAAGUAUCAUGUACUGACAGGAGCUUACAGCUUUGCUGAUUUCCAGAAUUUAUCGUCCUCUGACGUGCUGCCAACAACGCUGCAGAGCAAAUUCCUACACUUGUCUAAAGAAAAUGGGAACCUGACCCUCGAGGGCGCUCACUUUGUGGCCAGUGACAUCGCGUCCACAAACGGGGUCAUUCACGUCAUCGAUAAGGUGCUGACCCCGCUGCGCAGCGCUGUCAUGCCGAGGCUGCUGGCCCGCCUGGAGCAAAUGCCUGACUACUCAGUGUUCAGGGGCUACAUUAUUCAAUACAGCCUGGCUAACGAAAUAGAAGCAGCAAACACAUACACAAUAUUUGCCCCAAGUAAUGAUGCCAUAGAAAAUUACCUAAAGGAUAAGAACUCUUCUACUCUAAAUGAAGGCCAAAUCCGCUAUCACGUUCUGCUGGAUGAGAAGCUCCUGAAGAACAACCUGCACAAUGGCAUGCACAGGGAGACCAUGCUGGGGUUCUCCUACCAGGUUGGGUUCUUCCUCCACAACAGCCAGCUAUACAUAAAUGAUGCUCCUUUAAACUAUGCAAAUGUUGCCACAGACAGAGGAAUUAUUCAUGGACUGGGAAAGGUUCUGGAAAUCCAGAAGAACAGAUGUGAUAUCAACAAUACCGUGAUCCUUGAGAAGUGCAGAGUUUGUUCACAACCAUCAAGCUGUCCCCCAGGAACAAAAGAAAUUGCAGGGGUGAAGAAAUACUGUGUCCUCACGGAAAACCACAUGAGACAGUACACCAUCCAGAUCGGGUGCAAGCCCAAGUGUGCCAAAACCAUCAUUAGCAGGGAGUGCUGCGCGGGUUUCUUCGGCCCGCAGUGCCAGCCGUGCCCAGGGAAAGCCGGGAGCGCCUGCUUCGGGAACGGCGUGUGCCUGGAUGGCAUCAACGGCACCGGCACCUGCCAGUGCCAGGAGGGCUUCGUGGGCACGGCCUGCGAGGACUGCAGCCAGGGCAGAUACGGCCGCAGCUGUGACCAAGUGUGCACUUGUGUCCAUGGGAAAUGCAGCAGCGGGAUCGACGGGGAUGGCUCCUGUGAAUGUGACAUUGGCUGGAGAGGAGUGACGUGUGAGACUGAAAUCAAAGAUGACGCAUGUAAUACCUCGUGCCACACCAGUGCUAACUGCCUCCUCCUAUCAAAUGGCACUGCCUAUUGCAAGUGUGCAGCUGGCUUUGAGGGGAACGGGACAUUCUGCACAGCUAUUGAUGCUUGUGAGAGCAGCAAUGGGGGCUGUUCCUCCAAGGCAGAGUGCAGGAGAACGACACCGGGGAACAGAGCCUGUGUCUGCAGCGCCGGCUACACCGGGGAUGGCAUCGUCUGCCUCGAAAUCAACCCUUGUCUGGUGAACAAUGGUGGAUGUGAUAGGAAUGCAGAAUGCACACAGACUGGACCCAAUCAAGCAGUAUGUAAUUGCCUGAAGGGAUAUUCUGGAGAUGGCAAAACCUGCACCUAUAUCAGUCUGUGUUCACAAAAUAAUGGAGGCUGCAGUGAAUUUGCCAUCUGUAAUGACACCGAGCUGACAGAAAGGACCUGCACCUGCAAACCUAACUACAUUGGGGAUGGAUUUAAGUGCCGAGGCAACAUCUUCCAGGAACUUCUCAGGAACUCCAACACAUCUAGGUUUUAUUUUCACUUAGAGGCCUUGCCCAUCAGGGAUAUCUCAGGCCCCGGCCCCUUCACCCUGUUUGUCCCUCACACAGAUGUACUGAACAGCGAUCCACGAGUCAAGGACUGGAUUGCCAAAGGAGUGAUGGCUCAAGUGCUCCGGUACCACAUGGUGGGUUGUGCCAAUCUGCUGUACAAGGACCUGACAGCCAUCACCAACAUCACCUCUCUCCACGGUGACCUCAUACACAUCAGCUAUUCCCAGAACUCGCUGGUUUUGAACAACAAAGCUGAAAUUGUACUCAGUGAUGCUGUUGGCACAAAUGGUGUGAUCCACGUCAUAAACCAAAUCCUGGUGCCUUCACAGAUGCAGGAUUUCCCCCUCAAGAAGGAAAGUCUUAAAAUGGUUGCAGCCAAGCAUGGGUACAUUCUGUUCAGCACUUUGCUAGAGAAAAACAACCUGCUGGGGCUGAUCAACGAUCCCAUUCACAAACCCGUCACGCUCUUCUGGCCCACUGACACAGCCAUCCGUGGACUGCCACAGGAGCAGCAGGACUUCCUCUUCAAGAAAUCCAACACCAACAAACUGGUGCAGUACCUCAAAUUCCACAUUGUCCGUGAUGCUGCGGUGUUGGCCUACCAGCUCCCCAGCUCCACCUCACUGAAGACCCUCCAGGGCUCCAAUCUCAGCGUGAGCUGUGGGGAUAACGGGGAGAUCGGCGCCCUUUUCCUGAACGACGGGCAGUGCAAGGUGGUGCAGCGGCAGCUGGAGUUCGACGGGGGCAUCGCCUACGGCAUCAACUGCCUGCUGACAGAGCCCAGCCUGGGGGGCCGCUGCGACAGCUUCCUCACCAUGGAGUUCAUGGGGCAUUGUGCUAGCUGUUUCAGUAACUAUAAAUGCCCUCCAGGGACAAAACCAAAGGAAGGAAUCCAGUGGUGCACCUACGAGUCCUACGGGCUGCGGAGGGAUGGGUGCCGCAGGAACUGCACCAUGGCCAUCCACAUUCCCAAGUGCUGCAAGGGCUACUUCGGGCCAGACUGCCAAGCUUGCCCAGGGGGCCCAGAGACCCCAUGCAAUGGCCACGGCUCCUGUGACGACGGGUACACGGGAACAGGAGAGUGCCACUGCAGCAGCGGCUUCAACGGGACCUCGUGUGAGCUGUGCUCGCCGGGCAGAUACGGCUUCACCUGCAGGCCUUGUGAAUGCAAGAACAACGGGCAGUGCGAUGAAGGAUACUCAGGGACAGGACGAUGUUUCUGUGAAACAGGAUGGACUGGCCGGCUGUGUGAAACCAAGCUAGCUCUGCCACCAGUGUGCUCCCCGAGCUGCUCGGCCAACGCCGUCUGCACGGAGAACAACACGUGCCAGUGCAAGCCCUUGUACGACGGGGACGGGAUCACGUGCACAGCUGCAGAACUUUGCAAACAGAACAAUGGUGGGUGCCACAAGGCGGCUGAAUGCAUACAGCACGGGGUGAAAGUCUUCUGUAGCUGCCAGAAGGGCUACAAGGGAGAUGGCUUUACCUGCCUGCCAAUAAACCCUUGUGCUGAUGGCUUCAACGGAGGCUGCCACGAGCACGCCAACUGCAUUGUCACAGGACCUGGCAGACGUAAGUGUGAAUGCAAAAGCAACUUCAUUGGUGAUGGGCUGAACUGCUCUGUGAUGCAGCUGCCCCUUGACCGCUGCCUGCAGGACAACGGGCAGUGCCACCCCGACGCCGACUGCGCCGACCUGCAUUUCCAAGACACCACGGUUGGGGUGUUCCACCUGCGGUCCCCCGUGGGGCAGUACAGGAUGACUUACGAGCAGGCCAAGGAGGCCUGUGCCAAUGAGUCGGCCACCAUCGCUACCUACGAGCAGCUGCUGUACGCACAGAAGGCGAGGUACCACCUGUGCUCUGCUGGCUGGCUGGAGGGUGAGAGGGUGGGCUACCCCACCGCCUUCUCCUCGCCAAACUGCGGCUCUGGAUACGUCGGCAUCGUGGACUACGGGAGAAGAGUCAACCUGAGCGAAACCUGGGAUGUUUUCUGCUACAGGGAGAAAGAGGUGAACUGCACCUGCAAGCCAGGCUACGUGGGGGAUGGCAUCUCCUGUAGUGGGAACUUGCUCCAAGUGCUGAUGUCCUUCCCAACACUGACAAACUUCCUCUCGGACAUCAUGGCUUACUCCAACACCUCCAGGAAGGGGAGAGAGUUCCUGCAGUACCUCACAGACCUGUCAGUGCACGCCACCCUCUUUGCUCCCAACGAUAGUGGGUUAAAGGAAAAUGAGACCCUUUCUGGGAGAGACAUCGAGUAUCAUUUAUCUAAUGCCAAUAUAAUGUUUUAUGAGGACUUGACCAAUGGAACCACCCUUCUCACUCGUCUAGGGAAAAAGCUCCUCAUUACAAGCACAGGGGGCCAGGAGCAUCAAGUCCCCAUGGCUGACCAGAGCAAGAUCCGAUACGUGGACAGAAGUGCUAUUGUUGAGUGGGAUAUAAUUGCUUCCAAUGGGAUAAUCCACAUCAUUUCAGAGCCUUUAAAGGCUCCAUCAGAACCUGCUCCUCUCCAUGCCAGUACUGGGACAGGAAUAUUCUUUGGCGUCUGUCUAGUUACUGGAAUUGUGGCUCUGAUUGGAUAUUCUUAUCUCAGGUUCAGGAAGAAAAACAUCAGCUUCCAGCACUUCAAGUCCAAAGAUGACACUGACACAACACCACUGGACAAGUCACAGCCUUCAAAUAUCACCAACCCCUCAUAUGAAAGUUCUUCAACACUGACUUCACCAGAACCUACUUAUGAUCUUUUCUCAGAUUCAGAUGACCAACAGCUUGUGAUGAGUGGUCCUUAUGAUCAGAAUUAAAAACUGAAUUUGGCAUUAGUCAUCUAAUAAACACAUUUUUAUUUACACUUACUGUGAAAAAAAAAGAGCGCCUACAUUACAGGGAAUAAAAUCUUGUUACAAAUUAAAAACCAAAAGAGCACAGCUUUGUUUAAGAUGCCUUCUAUAUAGCUCACAGACUUACCAACUUCAGAAGUGUUGGCUGAAUCUGAACAGUGCCAAAUAUGAGUGCUAAAAGCAAAACAAAGUCUCAACUAAUCUACCCAGAAGCAGACACCUCUCUGAGAAAAGCAGCUGAUUUUCACUCACCUGCUAUUUAACUGCUUUUCUUUUCCUUUACAGACUUUAAAAUGGCCACAAGCACACAGGGAAACUUGGCAAAUAUCCUGAAUUUUUUAGUACUGUAGGCUUGUGCUUUCAUUUUGGCUCAGUUACAAUUAGAAUAGGCAAGUGUGAAACAGAACACGUGGUAAACUUCUAUUUUUAAACGGAGGGGAUUUUUUGGCUGGUAUACUUUCCUGUUAGAUAGGCAGCAGCAGGAAACACAGCUAUCCUGACUGUCCUCCUUGCCUCCUCUAGCUUCUGUCUUUCCUCGACCUU